AUGUAUCUUCUAGCAAAACUGAUCCGGAACAAACAGCUGAAAUUGCUGCUCCGAAAUUGUUCAACUGCGGCAAAAGCAAACAAAAAAUACGCGGAGGAGCUUGAGCUCCUAGGAAAAAAAUACACCACCGACGACUGGACGAAUUUAACUCCGAAAAUCAUCUCCAAGCUGGACAAGAACCUGCACACGAGGCAGCACCACCCUCUGUCGCAUGUCAGACAGAAGAUAGUGAAUUAUUUUUACAAGAAUUUCAGGAACAAGUGCGGGAACCCGACCUUCAGCGUCUGCGACAAUCUGCCGCCAGUGGUGAGCGUGUACCAGAACUUUGACUCGCUGCUCAUCCCCAGGGACCAUGUCAGCAGGAGCAAGGACGACUGCUAUUAUGUCAACAGCGAGACGCUGCUGAGAGCACACACUACUGCUCACCAGGUCGAGCUGAUAAAAAUGGGCCUGGAUAAUUUUUUAGUUGUAGGUGAUGUUUAUCGCAGGGACGAAAUUGAUUCGACCCACUACCCCGUUUUCCACCAGGUUGAUGCUGUCAGACUUUGUGUGCGCGAAGAAGUUUUUAAGAAUGUUUGUAGUUCUGAGAGCUUGCAGCUGUUUGAAGUUAAGGGAAAGGAGAGCGAGGAGAAACAGGCGGUGCAUACUCUUGAGGCGGUUAAAAUUAUGGAGCAUGAGUUGAAGACUGUUUUGGUUGGUCUUGCUCAAGCGCUUUUUGGCACAGGAAUUAAAUAUCGUUGGAAAGACGAGUACUUUCCAUUUACUCACCCAUCUUGGGAGCUGGAGGUCUUCUACAACGACCAGUGGAUAGAAGUCCUGGGUUGUGGACUCAUCAGGCAUGACAUUCUCAAAAACUCAGGAGUGAAUGACCGCAUUGGUUGGGCCUUUGGACUCGGACUGGAGAGGCUUGCUAUGUGCUUUUAUGAUAUCAAAGAUAUCAGGUUGUUCUGGAGUGAGGACUCAGGAUUCUUGAACCAAUUUAAGUUUGAUGAUCCUGAUACGCCG